UUUUGUUCCCCCCUCAAUUCACAAUUAUACUCAAUCACCCCCUCCAAACACAAACAAAAACCAGGUCCAUCCAUCCUCCAGAUACCAGACCCGCAGCUAUUCUCUCCCUCAAUUCACCAUGUCAUCGUUAGUAGAUGCAGUUCUAUCCUCAGAUCUACCAGAACCUGCUCCUCGCCCUCGUCCCCGUGGUAACCCUGCACCUUCCUCAGUUAGGUUCUCAUCCAGUGCCCCUGGGCCACCAGAUGGCACCAGCGACGAUGGUCAAAUGGAUGUAGACCCAGAUGAUGAGGUUGUUGGAGCAAGGGGGGCUGUAAAUAGAACUAAUCGACCGAGAACCGAUUUGAGCCAGGUUCCAAAGGUUACCGAUGAAGCUGGUGACCAAAUCAUGAACGCUUUUAUUGGUUUUCUAGAGAAUUUUGUCGAAGAUCCAGAUAACCCGCCACCGCCUCCGUCGUCGGCUGCGGCGGCCGCUCCACCUACUACCGACAAAUACUACAUUGCUGCCAUUCAUAGCAUGGCAGUUACUGAGUCGAGUACGCUAUUCGUUGAUUAUGCACAUUUAACGUACUGGAGCAACACACAUGUGAAAGGGUUUGUCGAGGCAAUAACAGAGAGGCAUUAUCGUUUCUUACCGUUUUUAAAGAGAGGCUUAGAGACUUGUAUUAGACGAUAUGAGCCUGAGUAUUGGGGGAAGACCGGGAAAGGUGGUCAGUCUGAGAACGUACGUUCAUAUCGAUUACCUGUCACCAAAAUAGUGUCUCGCUUUACACCAUCCCACCGUUCCAUCUUUUGCUAUUCUGUUAACCACACAACCGACAAAAUAUUCUCUCUGGGAAUCUUCAACCUUCCACUUACUACUCGCAUCCGCUCUCUGCGCACCCUUCAAAUCGGCACUCUAACCUCUAUAUCCGCGACUGUGACCCGUACCUCCGAAGUUCGUCCUGAAUUGCUACUAGCUACAUUCACUUGCGAAGCUUGCCGUACUGAAAUCCCCGGCAUUGAGCAAACAUUCCGGUAUACGGAACCUACACAAUGCCCUAAUCUUACCUGCGGUAAUCGUGUCAGCUGGAGAUUGGAAAUCAAGCAGUCAUCUUUUGUUGACUGGCAAAAGGUCCGUGUGCAAGAAAAUUCCGGCGAAAUCCCUACGGGGAGCAUGCCGAGAACUCUUGACAUCAUAUUAAGAGGCGAAAUCGUAGAGAGAGCGAAAGCCGGAGAGAAAUGUAUCUUUACCGGGACAUUGAUUGUGGUCCCUGACGUCAGCAUUGCAGAGGAAGAAGAGGACUUCCUAAACUCGUUAACACAAGCUGAAAUCGCGGAACUCAAGAGCAUGGUCCACAGUGACCAUAUCUACUCACGUCUGGUCAAUUCAAUAGCCCCCACCGUUUAUGGCCAUGAGAUUAUCAAAAAAGGGAUUCUCCUUCAGCUUAUGGGGGGUGUUCAUAAGGUGACUCCAGAAGGUAUGAGUCUUCGUGGAGAUGUUAACAUUUGUAUUGUGGGCGAUCCCAGCACCAGCAAAUCUCAGUUCCUGAAAUACGUUUGCUCCUUUCUCCCACGUGCCGUAUACACCUCCGGGAAAGCUUCUUCGGCAGCCGGUCUCACAGCAGCAGUUGUCAAGGACGAAGAGACUGGUGAAUUUACCAUCGAAGCCGGUGCCCUGAUGUUGGCGGAUAAUGGUAUUUGUGCUAUCGAUGAAUUCGACAAAAUGGAUAUUGCGGACCAGGUGGCAAUUCACGAAGCCAUGGAACAGCAGACGAUUUCUAUAGCAAAAGCUGGUAUUCAAGCCACUCUCAAUGCUCGGACAUCCAUCCUUGCAGCAGCGAAUCCUGUAGGAGGUCGGUACAACCGGAAGGCUACCCUCCGGUCUAAUAUUAAUAUGUCUGCGCCAAUCAUGUCCCGUUUCGAUCUCUUCUUUGUCGUCCUUGACGAAUGCAACGAAGCGAUCGAUACCCACCUAGCUCGACACAUCGUAGGGCUCCACCGCAAUAGAGAUGCGGCCAUCACCCCAGAAUUUACCACUGAGCAGCUGCAGCGAUAUAUCAAAUUCGCCCGAACUUUCCGCCCUGUAUUCACAGAGGAAGCCCGCACUCUUCUUGUUCAGAAAUAUAAAGAACUGCGUGCGGACGAUGCUCAAGGCGGCGUUGGAAGAAAUAGUUACCGAAUUACUGUCCGUCAGCUCGAAUCUCUUAUCCGUCUUUCUGAGGCCAUCGCCAAGGCCAACUGUGUAGAAGAUGUCACAGAAGGUUUUGUAAACGAGGCUUUUGGUCUGCUUCGGCAGUCGAUCAUUCACGUGGAGAAGGAAGACGUCGAAAUCGAUGAUGAUGAUGAAGCGGAUGAGGAGAUGCAGGAAGAUAUAGAUCAGGAAAGCCGCGAACCCACCGCCGCGGUCUCCACCCCGGGCAUGUCUAGUAGCCAGCCGCCUCGGGAGAAGACAAAGAUUACAUAUGACCGAUACAUGCAGAUUCUCAACCUCAUUGUACGUCGCAUCAAUGACGAUGAGGAGAGCACUGGACAGGGUGUUGAGGAAGAGGAACUUAAGACGUGGUAUCUCGAGAUGAGGGAAGAGGAGAUCAACACUGAGGAGGAGCUCGAGGAGGAGAAGAUGCUGAUCGGCAAGGUUCUUAGGCGCAUGGUCAGGGACAACAUCUUGAUGCAAAUCCGCGGAGAGGGACUGGUCGGUGAGGCAGCGGAAGGAAGCAGUGCGGAGGGCGGGAAAACGGUAUUUGUAUUGCAUCCUAAUGUGGCGUUGGAGGAACUGGGAGCUACUACUACCCCUGCACCUGCUUAGAUUAUGAUUGUUUACGUUUAUGAAGCAUGU